AUGGAUAGUUUUGUUCUUCCUAUAAUUGACUUUGAUCUUUAUAUGAGAGAUAAAACAACUUUAGCGGCAAUAAAUGAAUGUAAAAAGACUGCGGAUGCUUUACGCGACUAUGGAGCUUUAUUAAUUAAUAAUUCAGGCGUAAAGGCUGAUGAUAAUUCUCGUUUUUUGGAUUUACUUGAAGAUUAUUUCGCUCAACCAUUAGAGGCUAAACUUAAAGAUGCACGUCCAGAUGUUGGUUUUCAAGUUGGAGUUACUCCAGAAUUCACUGAAGAACCUAAAUGCCACAAGGAUAUCGAUUGUCAAAAGCUAAUUAGUCAAAUACCAGUAGAAAAUAGACCCUUGCCUACAUCGGGACCUGAUCCCAAAUGGCGAUUCUUUUGGCGAAUUGGAGAAAUCCCGAAAGAAACGAAAUAUCCGCAACUCAACGCUGAUCCUGUAAUUCCCGAAGCUUUUAAGGAUAUCUGGCCUGCCAUAAUGAAUGCAUGGGGAAGUCAAAUGCACCGUGUUGUACUUGGUGUUGCUGAAAUGGCUUCUGUUGGAUUUGGGAUGCGUGCCGAUGAAUUACCUGAGCUUACAAAAAAUGGACCACAUUUAUUAGCUCCAACUGGAAGUGAUUUAGACAAGUAUGGGGAACUUGGGAACAUUUUUGCCGGUUUUCAUUAUGACCUGAAUUUCUUGACUAUUCACGGAAAAUCCCGUUUUCCUGGCUUACACAUUUGGCCACGUAAUGGAGGCGUAAAAAUGCAGGUCCGCGUACCAGAUGGUCACCUCUUAGUUCAAGCUGGAAAACAAUUCGAAUGGAUUACGGGUGGUGAAGUAAAAGCUGGAUAUCAUGAAGUUGUAGUAACAGAAGAUACAAUCAAGGCCAUUGAAGAUGCCAAAAAUACAAGACCAGAUCGUCCUCUCUGGCGUAUAUCAUCCACUUUCUUUCUUCAUGUUGCGAGUGAUAAAAUUUUACAACCUCUGGAACCAUUUAAACCGAAUCUAUCUCUUUAUCCGCCUAUUUUUGCUGGUGAUCAAGUAAAACAUGAGCUGGGACUUAUCGAAUUAAUGAAAUAA